CCCGGUACGCGGCGCUCGCCCCGUCCACCCGGCUCGCCCCUCUGCUUGGGAAAGGGGCUCAGCGGCGACGUGCGCGGAGAGGGGCCGCUGUGGAAAGCCCGGCCCAGUCGAGCCAGGGCGGACCCCUGCGGCCGGGAGCCUACAGCAUUUACUCUGGAGGUGCCAAAGAGUGAGAUACAAAUCCUGCCCUAGGACGUCUGUAACCUCCUUGGGGACGUGGCAGCUUCUGGGAAAGGGAACGCCUGCGUGUCGCCUGUCACCGGCCCCAUCAGCCCCUCCAGCCAGAGGCCAGGGAUGGCGAGGCGGGGAGGCGCCCGCCUGUGCGGCCGUCUGGCUGUGCUCGCCCUUCUUCCCUCGGUGAUCCUGGCGCAGUACGAGAGCUGGCCCCACUAUCCCGAGUACUUCCAGCAGCCCGCCCCCGACUACAGCCGGCCUAGGGCGCCCUCCGACGUCGCCAAGAUCCAGCUGCGCCUGGCGGGGCAGAAGAGGAAGCACAGCGAGGGGCGCGUGGAGGUGUACUACAAGGGCGAGUGGGGGACCGUGUGCGACGACGACUUCUCCAUCCACGCCGCGCACGUCGUCUGCCGGGAGCUGGGCUACGUGGAGGCCAAGUCAUGGACCGCCAGCUCCUCCUACGGCAAAGGGGAAGGGCCCAUCUGGUUGGACAAUGUCCACUGCACUGGCAAAGAGGCGACCCUUGCAGCCUGCUCCUCCAACGGCUGGGGUGUCACCGACUGCAAGCACUCAGAAGACGUGGGUGUGGUGUGCAGUGACAAAAGGAUUCCUGGGUUCAAAUUUGACAAUUCGUUGGUCAACCACAUAGAGAACCUGAACAUCCAGGUGGAGGACAUCCGGGUCCGAGCCAUCCUCUCUGCCUACCGCAAGCGCGCCCCCGUGACGGAGGGCUACGUGGAGGUGAAGGACGGCAAGACCUGGAAGCAGAUCUGUGACAAGCACUGGACGGCCAAGAACUCCCGCGUGGUCUGCGGCAUGUUCGGCUUCCCCGGGGAGAAGACGUACAACACCAAAGUGUACAAGAUGUUCGCUGCCCGGAAGAAGCAGCGCUAUUGGCCAUUCUCCAUGGACUGCACAGGCACGGAGGCCCACAUCUCCAGCUGCAAGCUGGGCACUCAGGUGUCCCUGGACCCCAUGAAGAAUGUCACCUGUGAGAAUGGGCUGCCGGCUGUGGUGAGUUGUGUGCCUGGCCCUGUCUUCAGCCCUGAUGGACCCUCAAGAUUCCGGAAAGCUUACAAGCCAGAGCAACCCCUGGUGCGGUUGAGAGGCGGCGCCAACAUCGGAGAGGGCCGCGUGGAGGUGCUCAAGAAUGGUGAAUGGGGGACCAUCUGUGACGACAAGUGGGACCUGGUGUCUGCCAGCGUGGUUUGCAGAGAGCUGGGGUUUGGGAGUGCCAAAGAGGCCAUCGCUGGCUCCAGGCUGGGGCAAGGGAUAGGACCCAUCCACCUCAACGAAAUUGAGUGCGCCGGGAAUGAGAAGUCCCUCAUAGACUGCAAAUUCAAUGCCGAGUCUCAGGGCUGCAACCAUGAGGAAGAUGCUGGUGUGAGGUGUAACAUCCCUGCCAUGGGCUUCCAGAAAAAGCUGCGCCUGAACGGGGGCCGAAACCCCUACGAGGGCCGGGUGGAGGUGCUGGUGGAGAGGAACGGGUCCCUCGUGUGGGGGACCGUGUGUGGCGAGAACUGGGGCAUUGUGGAGGCCAUGGUGGUCUGCCGGCAGCUGGGCCUGGGGUUCGCCAGCAACGCCUUCCAGGAGACCUGGUAUUGGCAUGGGAACAUCUACACCAACAAAGUGGUCAUGAGUGGUGUGAAGUGCUCGGGAACGGAGCUGUCCCUGGCACACUGCCGGCACGACGGGGAGGACGUGGCCUGUCCCCAGGGCGCGGUGCAGUACGGGGCCGGAGUCGCCUGCUCAGAAACUGCCCCCGACCUGGUUCUCAACGCGGAGAUCGUCCAGCAGAGCACCUACCUGGAGGACCGGCCCAUGUUCAUGCUGCAGUGCGCCAUGGAGGAGAACUGCCUCUCGGCCUCGGCCGCCCAGACUAACCCCACCACGGGCUAUCGGCGCCUCCUGCGCUUCUCCUCCCAGAUCCACAACAACGGCCAGUCCGACUUCCGGCCCAAGAAUGGCCGCCAUGCGUGGAUCUGGCAUGACUGCCAUAGGCACUACCACAGCAUGGAAGUGUUCACCCACUAUGACCUCCUGAACCUCAACGGUACCAAGGUGGCAGAGGGCCACAAAGCCAGCUUCUGCUUGGAGGACACGGAAUGCGAAGGAGACAUCCAGAAGAAUUACGAGUGUGCCAACUUCGGCGAGCAGGGCAUCACCAUGGGCUGCUGGGACAUGUACCGUCAUGACAUCGACUGCCAGUGGGUGGACAUCACCGACGUGCCCCCUGGGGACUACCUGUUUCAGGUGGUCAUUAACCCCAACUACGAGGUCGCAGAGUCGGACUACACCAACAACAUCAUGAAGUGCAGGACCCGGUACGACGGCCACCGCAUCUGGAUGUACAACUGCCACGUAGGUGGUUCCUUCAGUGAAGAGACGGAAAAAAAGUUUGAACACUUCAGUGGACUCAUAAAUAACCAGCUCUCCACGCGGUAAAGCAGCCAGGUCACCUCCUGCCUCCGGGCCACCGCUCGUCUUCCCAACAGCUGCAGCCUGACCGAUGCCACACUCCCGCUCGCCCAGCCCAGUCUGCACCGGCUCAACCCCCCGCCGCCGCGCCCAAGCUCAGGAGAGGGGGGUUCCCGCCAUUUGCUGGGGGCGGCUCCCCGACGUUUGAGGCCUGGGGAGGCCUCGGGGGAUGGGCUUGUCGGCAGGGCUGUGGGAGCAGCACCAAGAGCCUUCUUGUCCGGGACGCCAGGCACGCAGGUCAUCUACCGUCGGCUGGUCCAACCACACCAAGGUCCGCCCCGAGUCUGACCCCACCUUGGUCAGCUCACCACAGAUGAUUCAGGGCCAGCCCUCCCUCCGUUACGCGUGGGCGGUGUGAGCUGAUCCACCCCAGGAGGCCAGGCUGAGUCCCCUUUCUCCUCUUACGUGGUUUCCAGCCAACUUGAACAUCCAGACCUCUCCCCCAAUUAAACAAACUGCCUCUAUCAUGGUCACAUAUGCUGCCAUGCACUCCGAUUAGAUGAGCUCAGAGUUGGGGCGCCACCCCCUCCCUCACCCUCACCCCUAAGUCCUCUUACUUUUUAAGAUUCCGUUAUUAUAUUUUCACGACUUUGAAUCAAAAAGCAAUUUAGUGGCAUUUAAUAUUGAGCAUCUAGGCCUUGGAAGGUAGAGCUCAAACUAAAGCACCAGCCCACCUGUGUAAGUGAGUCAUCGUCCUGUUCCAGCUCUGGGCAACUGACUGGCCCAGCGGUGCUAUCAGCAGGGUCCCGGCUGAUGAGGACAUUCACUGAAUGCCAGGUGUCAUCACAGACACUUACACAUACUUGAAACUUUGAAUAAAAGGUUUAUGAUA